GUUUUAAGUUUUAACUUGCUCCGAACAUAAAUAAUAAAUUAUUUAAAAAUUAAACAGUUAACAAGUUAUUGUUUUGUUGUUUAAAUGUGUACACGUUUAAUUUCAGAAUAUGGCGAACUGCAACCAAAGAACUCCAGAGGAUGUCAGGAAAGUUAUAAAAAUCGCCAAGUUGCAUGAAUCAGAACUAACUGACAUUACACAAGUUUUGAUGUUCCCACAUGAUGGUGGUAGAAAUGAUAAUUUGAGAUUAAUGCAGCUGGACGAAAAUUUACUUAAGGAAAUUGAAGCUGGAAACAGAUUGGUAUUUAAAGGAGACCCAGACGAAAAUGUUGUUAUGUGCACGGAAAAUAAAACAUACGAUGUUAAGGAAGCCGAAACUUCCAACAGUCUUUUGUUAGUUCCUGAUUUGCUGUACGCGGCAUCGACAGGUGGAGACGAAGUAUUAAGUAAUAAUUCAAUGGAAGGUGAUUCAGACACAUCAUUCGAUAAGUCAAAUAACAGUCUAAAUAAAUCAAAUGAUUCAGAUGACGGAACGAGAGAGCCCAGAAAGAUAGAAUUCAAAGAUGUUGUUAAUUCGUUUUUCACUUAUUAUGAAUUAAAACCAUGUAAACCUCGUUUAUCGAAAUUACGGAAACUUCUAGAAGCUACCUUAUAUCAAGGUCCAGAGCUGGAAUAUGCGGUUGACAAAUCUAAGCUUCUUGAUUAUGAUGCAAUUUUUGAACAGGUACAGGCAUCUCGAGCAGAAAUAGACAUGGAACUUGAAAAAAUACAGGCGGUGAAAAUUAAUGAGCAUUAUCGAUUGCUUGAUUUUGAUUACGAAUUUAGAGUUCUUUCGUACAUGUUAGAUCUGAUAGAAGAGAAUUCAUGGCCUUUGAAUAGGAUAUCGAAACAAAUAACCUUUGAUAGUUUAAAAGAUCUUGUACCUGUAGCUGUGUUAGAAGCCUUAUUUAAAUUUUACACCAUUGAAACAUAUAAAGAAGAAAAUGUACAGUAUUAUCAGUACAAACAAGAUAAAGUAUGUAGAUUUUUAGCGAGAGUAUUGUUGAAGAGUGCUGGAAAAUUUAACUAUGCAGAGUUUUUGCAGGCGUGGCGAGAUUCAGUGCCAGAAGGAAUGACCACUGACGAAUCUUUAUUAUCUGGGAUAGCUAUCGUGGAUAAAAGUAGCACGCCCCAAGUUGUGUGGGGCUUUUCCGAGAGCGAUCUUCCGGACGAUAUAAACGAAAGAUUCAAAAUCUUGUUUCGGACCAAAGCGAAAUGGACUGUAGACGAAAUAUCACCUUACAUAGAAUCUUAUGCAACCGAGAAACUAAACGUGAAUGCAUUACUAACAAAAUAUGCUCGAGCGUCGACCCAAAACGGUGUCAGAGUUUUUUCUGCAAAGCAUAUGAAAUAAAUUCUCCGCUUAAACUUAAUUUUAGCAUUUUUUUUUUCACAUGUGCCGAAUAUAAUGAACCGAAAUAUAUUUAUUUCUUCGAUAUAAGGGAUUAAAAUUUCGUCGUCAAACAUUCUUUUGUUUUUCCAAAUCAACUACCGAUACGAUAUGAAGUUACUUUUACAGGACAAGAAAUAACGUUAGAAACUCCGCAGACAUCCUCUUUUUUGUAAUUUUUAAGAUGAAUACUACAUAGCAUAGUUUAUAUAAAAUGAAAAAUAAUAGACCCAUCGGUAACACUAAAAAGCAAAAUUUAAAAAACAAAGCAAAAAUGGACUUCUGAGAAAGAAGAAGAAUAAAAUAAUUUUCACAUAACGACUUCUCCCCGUCGUGUCGUGUCGGAUUGCCGUCUCGUCGGAAUGUGCUCAGAGUACCAAUAUACAGGAAGGAUUAUGGACGUGAGGGAGUAGAGACCCGUGCUUAUGCGCACAUUCGUGCACUAUUCUGUCCUGCGUAGAUGGCUAUGGCUAGUCUUCGUUGAGACUGGCCGCUGUUGCCGAAAUUCUAUCUCGAGAGCAUUUACAAUUAGCAAAAAUAUCCCGUAAGGCACACAAUGAAAAACACUGUCGAAUUGUGAACCUCCUGAGUUUUUAUGUCGACCAAAUAUAUCAGUGCAUAGUAAACCUGAGCAGACCAACUCCAAUAAGCAUCCGUAAGUAUGACGCAUGAGACUGCCAUAUAGGGUGGGCCAUGAAUUUGUUAACAUUAAAAAAUAUAAAGAAAAACAGUAUAAGUUACAU